AUGAUCCGCGUCGUCCUCUCCCUCCUCCUCUCCCUCGUCGCGCUCGCCGCGCCCGCUCUCGCGAUCGAGCACGAGUGCAGCGCGUGUCGAGCCGUCGGCGGCGAGAUCGCGGCGAAGAUCGCGGAGGACGCGCCGUGGAAGAAGUACACCCCGCGAACUAAAACCGAUCCGCUCGUCUUCACCGAGUACGAGAUGUACAACGCGCUCGAGACGGCGUGCGGGAAGGUGCGCGGAUACAAGCUGGACGAGGCGAGCGACGCGAAGUGGAUCCGGAAGGAGUCCGUGGACAAGAUGCCGGUGGAGUUUGAGUUCGGAGGCGAGAAGCCGGACCUCGGGGAUCUGGACUUUAACAAGGAGAUCGGCGGGCUGCGAUCCGUGCGCGAGUACGACGAUAAGCAGAUACACGCGUACUGCGUGCGCGUGUUAGAGGAGAGGGACGAGCAGCUUCAGGAGCUCAUAAUGGGGAAGAAGCUCACGGAGGACAACGUGGAAGAGGUCGUCGUGAGGGAGAUGUGCGAGUGGACCGGGAAGAAAUCGCCGUGCGCCGGCGACGAGAACGCCGACGCCGACGCCGCCGGCGACGCGGCGGACGCGCCCAAGACCGAGCUGUGA